AUGGAUCAGAGAGCUAAACUGCAGAAUAACUAACUCAGAUCUUUUGGCUACAAUGAGGUGAACAAAGAUUCACUAGAGCCAUCACCUACAAAUACAAUAAAUGGAAAUAAGACUAGACUUCCAGAUAGUUUUAUAAAGAAUAUGCCAGAGAGCAGUUCUGAUGGUCAUGGAUCACUAGGCAAUCAUAAAAGUAAAACCGGGAUAAUAGCUCACAUCGCUAACGUGUAGCCAACUGGUAACCCUCUGAAGAAUCCAAGUUUGGUCAUGUCAGCAUUAUAAAAAAAUGAUUCUAAUUAUGAUGAUGCUUACUAAAUGAACAGAGAUCGUAACAGUAAGAUUUUAUCAACUAAAUUUCUAGGGAGUAAAACUACUACUGGUAAAUUCAAAGGUGCUGUUGAAAUAAUAAGAAAAAUUAACAGAACACAAAUAGCCAUGUAAAAGGUUAAACAUGAUGAAGCUUUGAGGAUUAAAUAAAUAAUGGAGAGCAAGAUCAAAGAAAACUUCAUUAUAAAGCAAGUUGAAUCGGAAAAUUAGAAAAAUGGGCCUAAAAAGAAAAGAUCAAUGUUUAUAGAUGAGUUGGAUGAAGAAUGGGAUGACUUCAUCACUAGAAGAACGCAAUUAUUGCCUGAACUCCCUAAGAUAGAACACGGGCAUGGCGGACAUGGCCAUCAUGCGGGACCAGUGGAUCAUGAUAAAAUACCAAGAUUUAUCUUCCGAUGUAAUGAUACUUGGGUGUUCUGGUGGGACAUCACAGUUCUAGUUCUUGCUAUAAUCAUCUGUUUUAUGCUUCCUGUAGAAAUAGCAUACCACGCUCCAUUUGGCAAAACAUCAGGAUGGCAUAUCUUUGAAUACACUGUUGAGGCCCUUUUUGCCUUAGACGUUUUAUUCCACUUCAAUACUACUAUUUAUGAUAGUGAUGGAAAUGAAAUCUUUGAUAGAAAGCAUCUGGCUAUUGAUUAUCUUUGCGAAAUGCAUUUCUGGAUUGAUAUGGCUGCAACCUUUCCAUUCAAUAAGAUGAGUGACAAUGCAGCCGCAAAAUUAGCCCCAACUUUAAAGGUGAUCAGAAUAACGGCUCUUUCUUAAAUUAUUAAGAAGCUGAGUUUAAUCAAAGCAUGCUAACUUAUCUUCUACUUAAUAAUUUACAUUCAUAUGAAAGCUUGCAUCUGGUUCUAUAUGACUAGAGAAAGCGAUACAUGGCUUCCACCAAUGUUUUGGCAGUCACCAGUAGACUCAGAAGAAUUACUAGAACACUUCUUCGGAGCAGGAAAUUACGGAUAGCAAUAUUUAGUAUCUGUCUAUUAUUCUGUCCUAAUGUUGAAGCCAAAUGAAAUCGCACCAAGAGCUGACAAUGAAACUAUCAUUUGUGCAGUUAUCCUUUUAAUUGAUCUGAUAGUAGCUGCAAACAUUUAUGGAGGUAUUACAGUCCUCGUCUAAAUGGCUGGCAGAAGAAGCCAAAAAUUCUAAAGAUAAAUUGAUAAUGCCAACACAGCCAUGAAAGAUAUGAGCAUUCCAGGUGAUGUUUAGGGCAAAGUGAGAGAAUUCCUAGUCCUUAUUUAGUCAACUAGAGAGUAGUAGGAAGAGCUCUAAAAGUUUUAUGACAUGAUUUCUCCUAGUUUGAAGUAAAAGGUUGCCAUAGAGAUAUUCUCUACAAUUAUAAGGAGCAAUUUAGAGUUAAAAAAGGUCAUCAAAUCAAAGAUGGAUGAGAUAAAAGACGACAAUAAUGUUAGUGUAAAACUCACUACAAGCAGAAUUUUUAAAUAAAGAGUGAAGGAGGUAAUUAUUAGUUUGAUUGCUUCUUAACUCACCACUUAACUUAAUAAACCAGAGGAUGUCAUCAUACACUAGUACGAGGAAAUGACUGAGAAAAAUGAAAUGUAUCUCAUAGCAAGAGGUGAAUGCAUGGUAAAUAUAAAGGAUGAAAAUAAUAAGGUAAUAAGAGGGCAUAAAAUUCUUUAAGCGACGGAAUUUUUCGGAGAGAUAGGAUUAAUCUAUGGAUGCAAGAGAACUGCUACUGUAGUUUCUAGAAAGUAUACUACAUUGGCUAUACUGUCAAAGCCAAAAUUCUAAAUGAUAACAACUGAAUUCCCGAGGUUCAAAGAGAUUCUGAAGAAGAGUAUUUUCAAGCACAACGAUAGGAUGAAGAAAUUUAUGAAGCAAUGUCUUAGGAAGAUAGAAUACUUCCAAGGUAUCUCUGAAGAUGCUCUUCAUGAUGUUAUGUAUCAUAUGGAUCUUAAGCAUUACAAUGAGGGAGAUGAACUUCAGAGUCCAGGAGAUAAAGCUCGUUCUUUAUAUUUUAUCUAGGAUGGAAUAGUCGAAGUAUCAGCAUUAUUUGAUGAAAAUCAUUUCGUUAUUGAGAGACUUCAUAGAGGAUCAAUAAUUAAUUUCAGAAAUUGGUUCAUGGAUGAUGAAGAUGCCCAUGUCUACAUCAAGUUUGCUACUAAUGCUAUCGUCUAAGAACUUGAUAUUGAUAUUAUGAACAAAGUCUGCUCAUAUCAUCCAAAAGAUCUAGAGGAAAAGUUCUUGAAAUAUUAAACAACUAUUUCCAAGACUAAUCUAUCAUAUCCACUAGACUAUAUCAUGAAUCUUCCACCUGAAUUGAGAAACACUAGGCUCAGUGUUCAAAAGUAAUAGCUUGCUUGGAAACUUGAAAAUCUUCAAAAGAACAUUGUCAUGAGAAGGAUCCAUGAGAUCAAGUAGUUCAAGAAAAAGCCAGGUCUAAAGGAAGCAAUUCAGAUUAGUUUAAGGGAAAAAGCUAAAAGAGAUGAGAAGUUGAGAGCGAAACUCAAGGACAAAGUUAUGGAUCUCUACGAAAAAGAAAUAUAGCAUAAUCUUAGUGAAGAGGAUAGGAGGUUCUCAAGAAUUCUUUUGUAAAUCGAUAGACUGCACAAGAUUCUAGCUGCUUAAUCUACAUAAGUCAUUAACCUAGAAAAGAAAAUCUUGGGUAGACCAGCUCUCCAAAAUCAGCCCUCAAUCAAAGCCUAGCCAUCAAACACCAUUUCUAAAGCCCCUUCAAUCAAAAACGAGGAAAAGAAAAAGUCAGAAAACAAGAAGCAGUUAGAGACCUAUCAAGAAUUCUUUGAAUCAUCAAAAUUAGGAUCAUUCCCAAGAUAUCAAGAUGAUAAUCUUAGCGAUUCAUCAGAGGACGAGAAAAAUCAACUUCUGCAGCUUGAUGAUAUUCAAACCAUUGCUGUCAAAGAAGGGGCCUUGUUGUCUCUUCAGCUUGAUAAGAGAUCUACUUUAGUAUCGAGAUAGCAAUGA